CAGACACACACAGACACAGACACACACACACACACACACAGACACAGACACACACACACACACACACACACACACAGAACCGCAGCUUUGGCAGCAGAGAGAGAAUGUAAAUAAAACGAGUGUUAGCGAUUUUACCACCUACAGAAGUGUCAGUUAUUACAGUUCAUUACAGCUCUGUCAUCGACUAACAACAAUCAUAAUGGAGUGUUGUGAGAUCAGAUGACGGCAGCAGUAGAGACUGGCUGUACAUUGUCUGGGUUUUGUUCAGUCACUGCAGCUAUGGCAGAGACCACCACAUCAAGCAGUAAUGGGACAGCCCAGCGGGGCCCCUACAUAAGCAUGAUAACAAACCAGACAACUAAUCUGCUGAUUCGGGGUGCCAUGCUGUUUGGAGUGGGUGUAUUCUUAGCGCUGGUGCUAAAUCUGCUGCAGGUGCAACGGAAUGUCACCCUUUUCCCACCGGAUGUCAUCAGUAGCAUCUUUUCUUCAGCGUGGUGGGUGCCACCCUGCUGCGGCACUGCAUCAGCUAUAAUAGGGCUGCUGUAUCCAUGUAUAGACAGACGUCUUGGGGAGCCACAUAAGCUGAAACGAGAGUGGUCAAGUGUGAUGCGCUGUGUGGCUGUGUUUGUUGGCAUAAAUCAUGCCAGUGCUAAAGUGGAUUUUGCAAAUAACGUACAGCUGUCACUGACCCUGGCGGCACUUUCAGUGGGACUGUGGUGGACAUUUGAUAGGUCACGGAGUGGCUUUGGCCUGGGCGUCAUAAUUGCAUUUUUUGCAACACUUGCCACACAACUACUGGUGUACAAUGGAGUAUUUCAGUAUACAUCUCCUGAUUUCUUAUAUAUACGCUCUUGGCUGCCCUGCAUUUUCUUUGCUGGUGUCAUAACAAUGGGAAAUAUAGGACGGCAGCUAGCAAUUUAUGAGUGUAAAGUUGUUCAAGAGAAGAUUCAUCAAGACUGAAGUCUCUGGAACAAAUGAUAUAAUGAAGAAAUGUGUAUCAGACUUUACAGCUGUGGAACAAUUUGCAGUGGAGAGAUUGUCUGCAUUUGUUUUCCAGCUGAAACAGGGGAAUAACGAAAAUUUUUUUGGCCACCAGCAUUGGAGCCUUUAAUUGUGUGUGAAAUGACUUGGCAGUAGCACCACCUGAGCUUUUGGUUAUGAUGUGCCAAACUGACUGAGAUUCUGUCAUAUCUUUUACUCUUUGAUUCUUUCUGGGUGCUGUGCAACAAGUGUUUGGGUUUUUACAGGUUUAACAUGCGUACAGAGCUAAAUCUUUAGUGCAUGCAGAUGAAUCGUCAGGUUCAAAGGGUUGAUGUUAACUUCAGUGGUGUGUAUUUCUAAUAAAGGUACACACACAUUUCAAACAAAAUAAAUCACCAAAGAUUCUGAUGCUAGGAAUUUAUUACUGUGCUCCACAGACAAGCAGUGCAAUAAGAAUUGCAGUCAGCGGUAUUCACAGUUCCUUUUUAUUUGUGUGGGUUCACUACUUUACAUUUGCUAGCUCACAUGUGACUGAGUAAGCAAGCAGAUUCAAAGUCAGUACUGCACCAGGGGCCAUGUGUUUAAAUAUGUAUUAAUAAUACUAUGCUCUAGUUAAGGCAAAGUAAUAUGUGACAUUUAAAAACAUUAUAAAAUAUCACUCACUUCAGUUUUAUGUUUAUCACUCGCCUUGUUUACUUACCUCAAAAGUUACAGAUUUGAUUCACCUGUGCUGGGUAUAUAGGACUCCCACUCCAUGUGAGACUCCAGCUGUCAUUGUAUUUUGUAAUUAUUGGACGUCAUGCUGCCAAACUUUAAUCCAUAACCAAAUAUAAAUUGAAAGAAGUAGAGCAGUAUCAUUUUAUGCAUACAUUCCCAUUUAGCUUUUACAAAGCCAGUCUGGCACUGUUGUGUUUAAUGUUCAUCUGACUUCCACAGCUUUUUUUUUUUAAUCAUAUGUUUAUGUAUUCUACAUGUUCACUCAUACAGAGGUCCAAAGGUGUGAUAGCGCUAAAAAGAGAAAGAGCUAAAAAUAGUUUUGAGUUUAGGUAAAACCUUAAAAUUCCCUUUUUUCCACAUUUUUAUUAUUAUUAUUUUAAAAUCGAGUGAUAAUACAUAUUAAUUGAUGAUUUGUAUUGCAUAUGAUAUCCUCUUUAAAACACAUGCACUUGUUAAUCUUUACCAUUAAACAUGAAGAGAAUUAAUGAGGAACUGGUUUUCACAGUGUGUGUCAGAUUAGUAAAAGGGACUUAUUUCAUCAACAUGAAAUAAAUGGAACAAAAAACAGGGAAGGAAAAUAAAAAGGGCACUUAAUUAACUUUUUCCAAGUGUUGUACUAAUGUAUUUGUUUCUGAUAAAUUCUGUAUUUAAUCAUAACAUAAAGAACGUUUCUUAACAGGUCAUUUUUGGCUCAUGCUCAGAGUUAACACUGAAAACCAUUUUAACUUUACAUUGAUCUCUGGGUAUUGAUUCUCAGGCACAGAUUUUCACUGUUUACAAUAUAUAUGUUUGAGAUUGAACUUGGUCUUUGAACAGUAAUGCUAUAAAACAGCAAAUAUGCUGUAUUGUCAUUCUGUGUAUUCUCAUACAUGUUUGAACAUUAAACUGCAAGAUGUCAUCUUAAUUUGCAAAUAAAAAUAUUUGAACUGAA